GUGCGUCCCGGUAUGUCCGCCUCAGCAAAGACGGGAGCGUAAGAAGCAGAGGGGAGGGUCUCCACGCGGGAGGGAGCAAGGGAGGGACGGAGGGGGCGAGAGAAAGGAGCCAGAACAAGUGCGCCGUCCCGGGGUCUUCAGCACUGCGUUUGUGUCAAGUGCCCUCCCAGGAGCGUGCACGUGUGUGUGGGUGAGUGUGUGUGCAUGUGAGCGGACACCCCCGGAGCCAUGUCAGACCCCAGGGACAUCGAUGAGGACGCCAUCCUCAAGGGCCUGAGCCCAGAGGAGAUCGACCAGCUGGAGUAUGAGCUGCAGGAGAUGGACCCCGAGAAUGCCAUGCUGCCCGCUGGAUUCCGGCAGCGUGACCAGACCAAGAAGAGCCCGACGGGGCCCUAUGACCGGGAUGCCCUGAUGCAGCACCUGGAGAAGAGCGCCAUGGAGCACCCCGACCGAGAGGACCUGGUGCCCUUCACCGGGGAGAAGAAAGGAAAGGCUUUUAUUCCCAAGACGAAAAAAGAGAUCCCUGCGCACGAGCAGAUUGUCCUGGAGCCUGAGCUGGAGGAGGCUCUGAAGAACGCCACAGAUGCUGAGAUGUGUGAUAUCGCAGCUAUCCUGGGAAUGUACACGCUGAUGAGCAACAAGCAGUACUACGACGCUCUGGGCACCACGGGCACCAUCGCCAACACAGAGGGCAUCAACAGUGUGGUGAAAGGAGACCCAUUCAAGAUCUUCCCGGACGAGCCUCCCAACACCACCAAUGUGGAGGAGACCCUGGAGAGGAUCCUCAGUAAUGACAGCAGCCUGACGGAGGUCAACCUCAACAACAUCAAGGACAUUCCCAUCCCCACACUGAAGGAAAUCUUUGAGGCAAUGAAGGAAAACUCACACGUGGAAUCUCUGAGCAUCGCCGCGACCCGUAGCAACGACCCUGUGGCCUACGCAUGUGCUGAGAUGCUGCAGGAGAACACAAGCUUGCAGAGUCUUAAUAUUGAAUCAAACUUCAUCACUAGUGACGGUAUGAUGGCUGUUAUCAAAGCCAUGGCCUCCAAUGCCACACUGGUGGAGCUCAAGAUCGACAACCAGAGGCAGAGACUGGGAGACUCAGUGGAGAUGGAGAUCGCCUCCAUGUUGGAGAAUAACUCCAGUAUCUUGAAGUUUGGAUAUCACUUUAACCAGCAGGGGCCCCGUGCCAGAGCAGCCAUAGCCAUCACACGCAACAAUGACAUGAUUCGCCAGCAGAGACUAAGAUGAGACUCUCUAGAUUAUGAAGUCACCAGUCUGCCUUCCUGGAGCCAGAUCGUGCCAUCGGCCUACAUACCCCCAACACGCUGCCCUCCUCCAUGUCCCCUUCCAGAGGAUCUGGGGCUCUGAGUGCAUGGUCCACACCUCCAUCAUGUUCUGCCAUUUCAUUUCAUGUGCUGUAGACUGCCCUUCUCCAUAAAGACGUGUGUGGGUCAACCGUGAGCCGUGUUUUUUGUGCUUUAGUCUGUGAUCACUGCCAGUCAAAAGUUUGGACACAUCUCAUUUCAUUUUUCUUUUUACGUUGUAGCUUCAUACUGAAGACAUAUGAGGGAUUGUGUAGCAAAGAAAAAAGGUUAAAUUACUUUUACUUAGAUUCCUCCUGAAAUGGUUUUCACUUCACAACUGUGCCUUGUCUAUUAUUUGUGGAAUGCAAAGAGUGUGCAAUGGUCAAACCAAACAAAUUUUCAGAUAUUUCACACUUUCCAUACAUGUUCAUUCAUAAUUUUGAUCCUUUCAGUGACUUUACAAUCUACAAUGUAAAUAGACAAUGCAAAAAAAGUAAUUACAGUAUAUGAAAGAACGUGCCCAAACUUUUGACUGGCGGUGUCCGUGCAUAUCAUCCCAGUCAGAACGCGCCCUCAUCCAUGCCAAAUGUUCAAAGUGGUGCUAUUUGUGGGAAAGAAACAUUCUGUAAAUAAUUGAAUUAAUAAACACUAUAUAUUCUGCUAUUAUUGUA